UUCAUGGUGACAGGUCUCUCUGGCAGUUCAGAGGGGGAGACAUUGCCUGUUUCCACUUCAACAGAAGCUGUUAGGAUUGUUGAGAAAUUCCUUGCUGAUUUUGGCAUGAUAGAGAAAAUGCCAAAGCCACCUAUAAACCCACCUAUUCCUGCGGUACCCGUGACUUUUGUGGAAGAAAUAUUAAGUCGAUUCCUUGCAGAAGUCUUAAGUUCAACUGACAGCACAAGCCCAACUUCCAGAAGACAUUUAUCAAGAUCCAAAGUGAAUGAAAUUGUUGAGGACCUUAAAGAGGCCAUGGAACAAGGCCUGUCCAAACAUAAAAUUAGCCUUGUAGCAGCGACAAAUGAACAACAUUUACCUCCAGAGCGUGAAGACGCAGUUAAUGAAGUUCUUCUUUCUAUUUCCAGGAAUAUGAUACAGAAAUCUGGAUCACAGCAAGAACUUUAUGAUGACAUAACAGGUUUCGAUUUAUUUUUUCCUCAAGAAAUGGCUACAAUAAUAAUUGAGGAACUCUGUGAUUGCGAUUUUUUACAGGCUGUUAGUGACAGUCCAGCAACACGAAGCCAAAGUGCAAUGAACCCAGGCAGAAUUGCCAACAUGGUCCUUUCCCAAGUGUCCGUUAGACCAGAGGAGUUGGAAACGCUGGCUUCAGGUGCUAGCCAGAAUGAAGACAGAUCUCCCAUAUCAGAAUACAUGGAUGUUGAUACAGCAGCUGCUCCAAAAAAAGGGUCUGCGUUUUUUAUGAAGAUCCCAAAUACUCUAUCUAGACUACGCUCUUUUUUUUCAAGUUGCCUACCACUCCGCGGGAACCUUCGGAAAGUCGCACCAGAAAUUACACCUAGACGUUAACAUUUUUUUGGAAA